CGCUCCUGUUGCUCUCCCCGCUCCAUCCCAUCUCAUCCAAAAGCAGCGGGGCUUUUAAACAGACGCGGCUCCUGCGAGUAGAGGGAGGAAAGAUCUGAAGAAAUCCCAGAGGAUGGCUUCUGAUGCCAGUCAUAUGCUGGAAGCAGCUUUGGAGCAAAUGGAUGACAUCAUUGCAGGCACAAAGUCAGCCACAGAGUAUGCUAAUGGUGGUUAUGAUAUUGUGUCACCUGCUCCAUCAGUUUACCUGGGCACAUUUCAAAUUCUGCACCUCCUGGAAGAUCUGAAGAUGGCCCUGGAGAUGCUGGAGGACCCUCAGGAGAAAGAAGCUCUGAGGAACCAAAUCCCAGGGGCCACAGCACUGUGUCUGAGGGAGUGGUUUGAGGAGAACCUGUCACAGGUGAACCAUCAUUCAUCCAAUAAUGAAACUUAUCAAGAAAGGCUGGCACGAUUAGAGGGUGAUAAAGAGUCCCUCAUCCUUCAGGUGAGUGUUCUCACAGACCAGGUGGAAGCUCAAGGAGAGAAAAUCCGGGACUUAGAAAUCUGUCUGGAGGGGCACCAGUUGAAGCUGAAUGCUACAGAAGAAAUGCUCCAACAGGAGCUGCUAAGUCGCACAUCGCUCGAGACUCAGAAAUUAGAUCUGAUGGCUGAAGUUUCAGACCUGAAGAUUAAGUUGGUUGGUAUGGAAAAGGAGCAGAGUGAAUAUGAAGAGAAACAGAACAAAGCUGAGGGUUUGCUACAGGAACUCAGACACCUCAAAAUUAAAGUGGAAGAACUGGAGAACGAAAGAAAUCAGUACGAGUGGAAAUUGAAAGCAACCAAAGCUGAGAUAGCCCAGCUCCAGGAGCAGCUGGCUCUCAAAGAUGCAGAGAUAGAACGUUUGCAGAGUCAGCUCUCCAGGACCUCCUCAUACACUGAAGUGGCAGAAAGAGACCAAGAAGUUCAGAGGUUGAAGAUAGGAAUGGAGACAUUAUUGGCUGCAAAUGAAGAAAAGGACCGUCGGAUAGAGGAGCUGACACUACUGCUAAGCCAGUACAGGAGGGUCAAGGACAUCAUGAUUGCAGCUCAUGGCUCUCCUGUCUCUGGUGGCUGUGAAGAGGAACUUGAGGCAACUUUAAUGAAGUGGAAUCUUCUGAAUAACUCUCAAGGGGAAUUACUGAAAACAGAGGCCUCUGCAGGAGAGUUGUCACCAGCUGUGCUCCCUCCAGUGCCACACAAAAACAUGGAAAUCAGUGGAAGCAGUCCAGUACCUUCAAGUAAUUUAACCUCUCAGCAGGAAGACUCUUUGGAAGUCACAAAUAGGGCUCCACAGAAAAAAAAGUCCAGUAGUUUAGAAGACUUGCAGAGUGAAUCCUUGGAAAAGUAUGUAGAUGGAAAACCAGCACAGCCUGUUGUAGAACAAGAGAGUAAGCCAGUGGGGAAAGGCAGCAAGUACCAGACGCUGCCAGGAAAGCUGCCCCGAGCCCUGCAGAACGGGGAGCAGGGAAUGUACAGCUCCCCAGAGGGAUGUGGCACCAGUGACAACGGUGACAGCAGCGUCCCUGGCCUGAAUCGCGGCAGGAGUGUCAGUGCACCCGUGCUAGGGGAAACAGAGAACAUGGAUGGUACAGUGGUCUCGGAUGACCUCUCACCUUCGGGAACAGAUUCAGGUCCACAAUCUCCAUGGGCUCCAGAAAACAGAAAGAGUCCAAAAGGGAUCAAGAAAAUCUGGGGAAAAAUUCGAAGGACUCAGUCAGGUAACUUCCCUGCAGACGACCUGGGGCUGGCCGAGUUCCGGAGGGGAGGUCUGCGGGCAACAGCUGGACCGCGCUUAUCCCGAUCCAAGGACACCAAAGGCCAGAAGAGCGACCACAAUGCCCCCUUUGCCCAGUGGAGCACUGAAAGAGUUUGUAACUGGCUGGAGGACUUUGGCCUGGGCCAGUACGUGAUUUUUGCCCGGCAGUGGGUGACAUCAGGCCACACGCUGUUAACUGCCACUCCUCAGGACAUGGAAAAGGAAAUGGGAAUAAAGCAUCCACUGCACAGGAAGAAAUUGGUUUUGGCCAUUAAAGCUAUAAAUGCAAAGCAAGAUGAGAAGUCUGCACAACUUGAUCAUAUCUGGGUGACACGGUGGCUUGAUGACAUUGGCUUGCCUCAGUACAAAGACCAGUUUCAUGAAUCCAGAGUAGAUGGGAGGAUGUUGCAGUACUUAACUGUGAAUGACCUUCUCUUCCUGAAAGUCACCAGUCAGCUGCAUCACCUGAGUAUUAAAUGUGCCAUUCACGUGCUGCACGUCAACAGCUUCAAUCCCCACUGUCUGCGCAGGAGGCCAGUUGAGGAGAACGUCUCUCCUUCCGACGUGGUGCAGUGGUCCAACCACAGAGUGAUGGAAUGGCUGAGAUCAGUGGAUCUGGCAGAAUAUGCACCCAACCUUCGAGGCAGCGGAGUGCACGGGGGCCUGAUCAUCCUGGAACCUCGCUUCAACGGUGACACGCUGGCCAUGCUCCUGAACAUCCCGCCCCAAAAGACCCUCCUGCGCCGCCACCUCACCACCAACUUCAACGUGUUAAUUGGGCCAGAGGCACAGCAAGAAAAAAGAGAAACCAUGGAGUCAGCAGCAUACACACCUCUGACCACCACUGCCAAAGUUCGGCCAAAGAAACUUGGAUUUUCGCAUUUUGGAAACUUAAGGAAAAAGAAGUUUGAUGAAUCAACAGACUACAUUUGUCCUAUGGAUACAAGCCCAGCUGCUACAAAUGGUACUUCGAAAAACUACGGUGGCUACAAAGGACUUAGUCCUUUCACUGACAGGGAACUGGAUCAGAUGGAACACUCAGAAGGCACAGUAAUGCAAAUAGGGGCUCUUUCCCAAGGCAUAACCCACCUCACAACGUUGCUGAGCCAGGAUGAAAUGCUGAAUGACAGCAGGUUUUUAACACCCACCUUUGAAGACUGGAGAUGAUGCUUCAGCAGGACCAAGAUCACUGCUGGUACCUCACGCCUGCAGGAGUGGCCAGGAGCAGCAGGAUGCCAUGGAGCAGGAAAGCUUUGCCUUUUUCUGCCACUGCCACCUCCCACCUAGCAUUUCCUACUGUCAGUGUAGCCACAGCUUACAGGUAACUCUCCUCUGUGCUGUUUUCCCACAUCAUGUAACAGGAAACAGGAGUUGGGAGAGGAGGGGGACUCAGCUCCAGAGUCUGGAAAGCCAAGACUUGGCAAUGCUUUGUCCUUUCAUUCACUUGACUUUUACAUGCUAUGUUGAUGUACUGUUACGUGAAAGACCUUUUGUAAUUUUUUAUUUUUCUAAUUAACUUGCAGUGCAGGAAUCAUUAACACAUAAUUGUACCACUGGGGCUAAUCAGAGCUGAAUGUUGGUGGGAGCAGCAGCAAUGGCUCACUCACCACUUCUGUGGUCGUGCCAGACUGGUGCCCAGAAAGGAUUUCAGUCUCUCCUCCCUGUCACUGGCACCUGUCCUGCCCUCUCUUUAUCCAAGUCAGUGCACUGUAGGAUGGGAAGAAUGGAGCAUAGUACUGUGCAUCCAGCCCUUGCUUUUAUUAGGAUGACAAGCUGCCUUGUUCACAAAUCUUUACCUAAGGCAAAAACAACUGCAGCAGGAAAUUGUAACUCUGAGACUACCAGGAAAUUACCAGAACAAAACAAAGAUUUAUUUCUUUAAAACACCUGACAAAAUAAAUCUUUUGCUGCUGUACUGGGCUAGACAAGACUGCAUCAGAGGGAAGUAUGGCCUCUCACUUUUUGAGGGGCCCAGGGUGAAGUUGUCCCCUCUACAGCACCAAUUACUUGUGGCAUUUGUUUACAUGUACAUCUCCUGUAUCAAUGAGCCAUUAACAAGCUCUCUUAGUAAACAGAUAAAUGCCAGGAAAAAAAAUCUCCUUAAUUGUAAGGAAAAGUACUUUGUACAGGGCUGGUUUGCAUUACUUUGUCCUUGCUGGCUGCAGGUGCUGCUGUAGAUUGCAAUGUAGCCUGAGGGCAGUCACUGCCAGCCACAACCCUCCCAGAGAAAGAGGGAAGCUCCAGGCUGGCCACAGGAUGCAGCAAGGGCUCUUUGAGAACCUCCUGGGGUGGUUUUUACACAUGAGCCACCCUGUCCUCACUUCACCAGCCUCUCAUGGCAGACCUUGCACUGGAUGGUCAGGUGGAAGAAGAUAAACACGAUUUGAUUGUCCACAGGGGUAAAAUCAAGGCAAAUUCUUUUCAAUCACUGCCAACUGAAAAAAAGGAAUAUUCAGAAAAAUGAGAAGUAAGUCUUUAAAUCUUUCAAAUUACUGAUGUCUUUCAAAUUACUGAUGUUUAAUAAAAGCUAUGAAAUGUACCAGUCUGGCAAUGCAGUCAGUGCUAAUGACCAGCUCAGGUACCAUGAUCAUUUAAAAUACUUUGUCAGGUCAAUUAGCCAACAGACUUAUUACAGCACUGCAAAUGGGAUUGGCUGCUCCAGCUGCCCUGGGAUAUUCCAAACACAAUAUUUCCUAUUUUCUUUCAAUGCUGUAUUUGCAACUCAGUGUGUUGUUGUGCUAACAUGGCUGUGAAUAGUCAAUCCACAAAACAGUUGAUUCUUCUUUUAAAUAUAUGUAGUAAGAAAUCCUAAUUAGCAUAACACUGGUAUAAAUGCUUCUUUUUUGACUGUUAUGAAUAAAUUCUGAAUGUUCCCCUCUC